GCUAGUGUAGCUAACUCCUCUCUCCUUCAUUAAUCCUCUUAGUCACCUUCAUUGCCUCCAAAUGAGUGUGCAUGCUUUACUGCCUCUUGCUGCAUUGUCACCCUGACUGACCUUUCUAGUGUCUUCUUUUCCUGUUCCUUCCUCAACAGCAAUCUAAAGUGUACAAGUGCUGAAGUAAUUGUACAAGCGUUCUAUUCCUUCUGUUUCAUAUCUUUGUAAAUGUCAUGUGGUUUGCAUUGAAAAUAUGGUGGUACUGAAUUCUAAUUUAAAGAAUGAAUCUCCUUUGCUUCUUUAGAAUAAAUAAAAUUUCUUCUUUUUCUGUUCUGCAAUUCUCCAUAUUUGUUACUUUGAACCUGAAACUCACUUGGAUUGUUGUUUGAUUAGUUACUACUUCAUUGGUCUGUCUGAACACCUCAUCACAAGUUUGCAAAGGUGGUUGUUGUUUUUUAAAAAAUAAUUUUAAAUGCAAAUAUUUAUAUCUGUCCAGAAGUACAUCAUAGAAGUCUCUUAACUGAGAACUAGGUUUUAUGCUGAGUGUCAUGAUGGAUGGAUAUGUUUCAGUAAUUACAUGCUGGACACUGUCAUUACUGGUCAUGUGAAUCUUUUGCAAUGUCGACUUCAAAAGGGAGUCUUUGUUUGCAUGUCAUGAACUGUUAACCAUCAGAUCUGACUGUAAACAAUGAUUGUUUCUCUCUUCUUCCUACUGUUAGCCAGUGGAUUUCUGUUUCUUAGCAGCUGUUCUUAUAGUUUUAGUGAAAGACAUAGUUGCAGUAUGUGAUUUUUUUUCUUUAUCAUUUAGUGUUUCUUUUUAGAAUGCCACUUAUCUGCUCCAUGCAAUCUUAAAAGCAAUGAAGAGAAUAAACAAUUAAACUAUCCAUGGGAAAGGGCCUCUUGAACCAUGUAACGGGUGAAGCUGCUGAUAUGAUGAUAUUUUAAGAACUAUGGCUAUAAUUUGAACCAGUUCGUGAUUGGGUCUUGUCGGUUGUCAGGCUCACUCUCCCAUCAGUAAUUAAAAUAUCCCAUAACUGUCCUGCGAUUGAAACAUAUGUAUCUGUCUGCACAUAUGUUUUGUUGCAAACAGUAAUUUGUGUGUGUGUAGUGACAUAUCUACUCCUAUAUGUGUGCUGUCCAGUUUGGUAGUUGUAUUGUAGCAGUUUGCUGAACAUCCAGUGAGGUAGUGUAUCUCUGCGGUGUGUUUCUGAUCUUGCGAUGACAAGUCUGAGUGUGAAAUCUAUAGGGUAAUGGUGAGCAGUGAGAUUUAAGGUCGUCUGAGACUGGUGUGCAGGGCUGCAUGCAUUGCAAGAGAUUGUUCACUUACGGCCACAGCUAUGACCUCCCAGAUAUUGGAAGCAAAUAGAUCAUUCUAAAUAUAUUCUCUUUGAAUGUCAAGCACGGCUGCCAUCCAGGAAAGCCAUGCGGCAGAUUGUUUUACAUUUUGACUGACUGUUGCGUCACAAGUAGUUCAUGGAAAAGCCCAAAUGAAAAUGCUAACCUGCAUAGGGUUGAGAUAUACUGAGUUAUUAGCCUACUGUUUAGAAUCGAGUUGAAAGCCAGACUAGUGAUUCUUUCAUUUUCUGUAAUCAGGGAGAAGCAGUUUUAGUAUUUUUCCAGAAUGUGUAUGAAUAAAUAUGUUCUUUGUGAAUUUGUGCUUGCCACUUGUACUUUGCCAAAGCUUUGUGCAGUUUCCUUUCUCUUCCAUGUCAUGCUUGUGUGUGUGUACGCUUGCUUGCUUUUGUCUGUUUCCAGCCCACUUAUGUCCAUUCUUACAAAAAAGAAAAAAAACAGGAUGACGUGAAGGAUCUCCAGAUUCUUUCAAUGAAAAUGCAGCCUGGAAGCAUGCCAUUGAAAAAGCCAAAUCCAUGCCUGAUCCCUGGGCGCAGUUCCACCUGGAGGAAAUUGAAACAGAGCUUUGCGUUCGAUACAGGUACAAUGGUGUUACUGGAGAGUGGGCACAGGACCAGGUUUACAUAAAGAUGGCUUCCCAGCCCUUUGGCAGAGGAGCCAUGAGAGAAUGUUUUCGAACGAAGAAGUUAUCGAAUUUCUCUCACAGCAGCAAAUGGACAGCCGCUUCCAACUAUGUGGCAAAGCGCUACAUCGAGCCUGUGGACAGAGAGGUGUACUUGGAGGACGUUAGGCUACAGAUGGAGGCCAAAUUAUGGGGAGAGGAGUACAAUCGUCAUCGGCCCCCUAAACAGGUGGACAUCAUGCAGGUGUGUGUGCUGGAAAUGAGUCAGCGCCCAGGAAAACCUCUCUUCCACUUAGAGCAUUACAUUGAGGGGAAGUACAUCAAAUACAACUCCAACUCAGGAUUUGUUCGGGAUGAAAACAUUCGGCUCACCCCUCAGGCAUUCAGUCACUUUACAUUUGAGCGCUCUGGACAUCAGCUGAUCGUGGUGGAUAUUCAGGGAGUGGGAGAUCUGUACACUGACCCCCAGAUCCACACUGACUGCGGAACUGACUUUGGAGAUGGAAAUCUGGGUAUGAGGGGGAUGGCUCUGUUUUUCCAUUCCCACCUGUGCAAUAAGAUCUGUAAGAGCAUGGGCCUGACCCCCUUCGACCUCUCUCCUGCUGAGAAAGCUCAGCUCAACUGCACUAGCAAGCUACUGAAGUCUGCUAAGACGGUGCUGCGAGGACACGAGGAGCACUGUGGGUCCCCCAGAGUUCGCACCAUCUCUGGGGGGCGCCUGCCCCCUCUGCUGAGCCGCCUCUCUGAGACCUCCUCUAACGAUGACGCCGUGAGUGACUCGGACUCCAUUCCCUGCUCUCCAAUGCAGUUCAGCAGCUCAGUGGGAAAGUCUUCACUAGGCACUGAUUCUCCCUUGGGCUGGUCCUUCACAAGUGAGAUCGACUUACAGGGUGAAAAGAACAAUAACAUCCCAGAGCACAGAGACCAGGAGAGCGGCGGAGACAGCGGGUGUCCCAGUGAGAGGCGCAGUGAAGGAGACCCUGCUGAACAUGGCGACCGGAAACCAAUGGCAGUUUCAGCCAAGUCUGCCCCCUCUGCAAACAUACCCUCGAGGCAGCGGCUGACUGAAGAAAAAUGGAGUGUCUUCCACACGACUCGUCAGAACAUUCACAGGCCCUCCUGUGUGGCUGUUGAAGUCGAGAGGCUGAAUGCUCUAGACCUGGAACGGAAAAUGGGCAAAUCUAUCCUGGGGAAGGUGCACUUGGCCAUGGUGCGUUACCACGAGGCGGGCCGGUUCUGUGAGAAGGACGAGGAGUGGGACCGGGACUCCGCCAUGUAUCACCUGGAGCGGGCAGCCAUGUGCGGGGAGCUGGAGGCCAUCGUGGCCCUGGGCCAGUGUUACCUGCAGCUGCCGCACCACAUUCUGCCUGAAAACACAGUGGAGGACAAUGAAGAGAACAGGAAGAUCGGCUUCCAGUACUUGCUGAAGGCAGCAGAGGCAGGAGACAGGCCCUGUAUGAUCUUAGUGGCCAGAGCUUUUGAUACUGGAGUCAGCCUCCCACCUGACAGGACUCAGGACUGGAAGGAGGCUGUGCACUGGUAUAAUUGUGCCCUGAACAUGACGGACUACGAUGAGGGUGGCGAGUUUGACGGCAUGCAAGAUGAACCGCAGUAUCUGCUGCUGGCCAGAGAGGCAGAGAUGUACCAGGAAGGCCAGUUUGGCCUGGACAAAGACUUCCAGAGGGCAGGUGACCUGUACACAGAGGCAGCUGAUGGCGCAAUGGAAGCAAUGAAGGGCAGACUUGCUAACAAAUACUACAUGAAGGCAGAAGAGGCCUGGGGAAUGAUGGAGGAAUGAAAGGGUUUACCACACCGGCCAGACUGUUCAACUCAUCUCAUAUUCUUCUCAUUCCCAAACUGUUUACACUUCACAUUUGACUUAAUUUCAGACUAAAAUUUGACUACCAUUUGCAUCUCACAUUUGAUUAUUUCCAAUCAGACUAUCUCACAUUUUACUUAUUUCUAGACUGCUCACAUCUCACAUGGACCUUGCUCCCAGACCUUCCAUAUGUUGUCAAGGGUUUUCGUAUCUGAUAUAUUUGACUUAUUUCCAGGCUGUUUGUAGCUUACAUUUAACGUAUUCCCAGUCUAAUCAUAUCUCAAAUUUGCCUUACUCCCAGUCUGUUUGCAUAAACACAUUGGCUUAUUCCCAGGCUGUUAAUGUUUACACCCCUUUAUAUGAUUCAAGGGUUUAAAUGCUGCAUUGUGCUUUUGUAUAUGGGUAUCCUGGGGCAUAUACUGGUGCUUUUUAUAUAAACUGUGAUGUCUUCCCUAUUUUGUGUUCUAACCUUUAUUAAGUUGGUGUGCUGAGAAGAUCACUGACAAACUGGCAGCCAGGAAAGUAGUUGUUCACAUAUUUUUCCUUCAAAGAGAGAGACAAGGCCUUUUACAUUUUGAUUAAGCAUUCUUUCCCCAUCUUCCCUUCAAGCACCUUGAACAGUAAUAUAAUAAAACUUUUUAAAUGGCAGAAUUUGGCAGAUAUUGUAGAAUUCAGACAAAAUGGUCAUAUUUGCAAUAUACAGUACAGUCAGGAAAUAUUUGGACAGUGACACAAUUUUUGAUGUUUUGUUUCUGUUCUCUGGCACAUUGUAUUUGAAAUGACACAAUGAGUAUGAGGUUAGAGUGCAGACUAUCAGCUUCAAUUUGUGGGUAUUUACAUCAUAUCAUGUGUAGAUACCAUGUAGAAAUUACAGCCCUUUAUGUAUAUACAUAGUAACCCCCCCCCAUUUUGGGACCAAAAGUAAUGGCUGCUCAGCUGGUUCUUGGCCAGCUGUGUGUUUUUGCAUCAUUAGUUCAUGCACAAGAAAGCUUAAAAAACGGUCUAGAUUUGAUUGUAGAUGAGGAGUUUGUAUUUGGAGUCUAUUGCUGUUGUCUCUCAAAAUGAGGACAAAAGAAGUGUCAAUGCCAGUAAAGUAGGCCAUCAUAGAAUAGAAAAACCUGACUAAAUUGAUCUGAGACAUAGCCAAAACAUUUGGUGUGUCAAAAUCAACUGUUUGGUACAUUGUUGAGAAGCAAGAAUGCACUGGUGAGCUUAUAAAUAGCAAACGACCCGGUAGUCCACGGAAUACCCCUGUAGUGCAUUACUAAAGAAUACUGUAAAUUAAGAAAAACCCCUUUUCAACUAUUGAACAGAUCAAGCACACUCCUUAAUGUAGGCAUAGAUGUGUUGAAGACUAUCAUAAAGGGAAGACUACACCAGCAAAACCUUUCUACAAGAUGCAGACAGCUGGUAAGCCUCAAGAACUGAACAGGCACCUUUGAAUUUGCUUCAAAAGUAUAUUUUAAAAACUGUAGAGUUCUGAAACACACUGUUGUGGACAAAUGGGCAAUCGGUGUCAUUGAUGCAAAGCACCAUUCUGCUACUUGAGUGCUAAUAACUCCCCCUUGUGGAGAAUCUUCAGCCUGCUGAGCAUGAGAGAGUGUGUGAGUGAGUUUGGAGCCAGAUCGGUGAGGUGCUUUGCAUCUAAAAAGGGCUGACAUUCCUACAUGGAUCACUGGAUAUGGACGUAAAUGCUCUUAAAGCUGACAGUCUGCACUUUAGCCUCAUUUCAUUUUUGUUUCAUUUCAAAUCCAAUAUGCUGAAGUACAGAGCCAAAACAACAAAAAUUGUGUCACGGUCACAAUACUUAUGGAUUGCUCUGUGUAUGACUGUUUUGAUAUUAUGCUUUCCUUUUUUAUUGUAUGCCGUAGCAGGUCAGAUGCUGCAUGUGAGAGUGAAUUUUAAUUUUAAGUUGGCAUGAAUAUGUAUGUGAACUUAUUUUCUAUAAGCAUGGAAUUCCUUUGUGGAAUUAUUUCUGUAAAAUUUCUUAAUAUGUGAAUAAAAGAUUGUAACAGCUUUAAAA